AUGGCGGCCGGCCGCCAUCGGUGCGCCUGCGCCUCCGCCAUGUCCGUGCGGCGGCUGGCGCGGGCCGUGGCCGGGGCCCUGCUGGGCUCCGCGCCGCCGUACGGGCCCCGCCGCCCCCCGCCGCCCCGCCGGCCGCUCUGCAGCGCCGCGCGAUACCGCCUGGUGUACACGUGCAAGGUCUGUGAGACCCGCUCGGCAAAAUCCAUCUCCAAGCUAGCCUACCACAACGGCGUGGUGAUCGUGAAGUGUCCUGGCUGCGGGAACCACCACGUCAUAGCCGAUAACCUGGGCUGGUUCUCAGAUCUGGAAGGCAAGAGGAAUAUCGAGGAGAUCCUGGCAGCCAAAGGCGAGAAGGUGAGACGUGUGACUGGUGAGGAAGCCUUGGAACUGCUUCUGGAAGGCUCAGCAGAUCCUGGGUCUCAAGGUGCUUUGAGGGAAAGAAUAUCUCUUGGAGAGGAAGUGCUCCUUUCCCCAUCUGCUAAGGACAGAAAGACCACAGGGCGCAGGAUCCAAAAAUCCACUGUUGUCAGGCCCACGUUCUAGCGAAGUCUAAUGCCCUGCUCCCACCUGCUGCGCUGGAAUGAGCCAGCGCUGCUGCCCGCUGCUCAGGAUUGAUGCCAGGGGCUCUGCACAGCACUCGCAGCUUUUUUUCCAUUGGUAUCUGCCACUGAGGAAACAAGGGAUGGCUUUGGGGCCAGGCGCCGAGCAGGCACCGAGAUGGGGCUGAGCUGGAGCCUCCGGGCAGGCCUUGAAAGGAAAGGCUCGGCCCUGAUCCUAGAGGAGGGCUCAGCUCAGCAAAAAGCCAAGAUUUUUCUCGGCCACUGCAGGGCUGUUUGUUUGCCCUGGUGUCGCUGGGCUCGGGCUAUCCCCGCGCAGCAAAUGCUCAGGGCUUUGUGUCUCCCUCCAGGCAGGCAGAGGGAUGCUGUGUGGUUAGGGUGGACACAGUGGCUGCUGCCUGAGAGACCUGUGCGUUCUUAAUGUAAAGGGAUGUAUAGAUGUGAGCAUAUACACUUAUUCUUAACAUGUUAAAGAGACAGAUACCACCACCACCAGAGACCACCACCCACCCCCAAACCCAUUGCAAAAGGCCAAUGUUAGCUCUGCUGUCAGCAGCGAGGCAGGCUGGCUAAGAAAUAAUGGAAAUGAAUUCUUGUCACUGAAGCUUAGACACAAAUAUUUAUUAAGCACAACCCCCCCCUUGAGCUGUAUUCGUUUCUAAUAUAUUAAUUCAUUUGGCAGAUUAUCUUUUAGAAAAAAAAAGUACCUGUGGGUUGGAAAUUCCCCAGUAAAAUGACAUUAGCAAAUGCACAUGUAAAAAAUAAAUAAGCUCAUACAUUCAAGUAUAUGGCAAAUAAUUAACACCUCUGAAAGCUCAAUGGUCAGAUUCCAGUUCACCACCUGGCUGAGCGCUGCACAGGCUCGAGCCUGCAGCUGGUCGAGUCACCUUCAUCUUCAGUGUUCUCUGUACAAACUCAAGCCAGGUCGGUACGCAGGCGGCUGGACAGGUCCUCCUAUCCCUCCUCCGGAGUCGAGCAGCCCCGGGAAGGAGGCCGGGCCUCGGCCAAGCCGUCCGUGCAGCAGUGUAGCAGGUGAGUGCUCACUGGUAGCAGGUAAAAUGCAGCUACCCCUCCGCAUAGUCAGUGCAGGCAGGUUAAAUGCCCGAUGAGCAGCAUCACUGGUCUAAAAAUCUUACUGCUGGUUGGAAAUGUAUCCAUCAAAUGCAUUUCAAAUAGAAAGUGCUGAUUUGUUCUCUGUAGGAACAUAUCUGCUUUGGCAGAACUCAUUACUGGAGUUUCUGAAGUCCAAGAUCAUCUGUCUGGUCAGGCAGAGAAAAAAAUACGCCAGUUCCUGAAGUUAGAUCCACACUUCCCCCUCCUCUCUGGGCUUGCUUAUCCAAGUGUUCCAAAAGGGGAAGGAAUGGAAAUAAAUGUAGACCCUUGUGCUUGUGUGGGGUGGAACAGCCAACCCCAGUCUGGAGCUCUCGUGGGGCUGCCUUUCGUGGAGACAGAGUGGGCGAAACAGGAGUGCCUUGCUGACAGCAGCUUUGCCAGGGCCUGCAGGGACAGCUGAAAGCUCAGCGCUGGUUUUGGGAGAAACAAGGACAGGGAAGGCCUAUUAUUUCCAACUGCUGUUGGACAUAAAAGGGCAGAGAGGAUGGUUCCACUCCUGACAAGCCGUGGCCAGAAAACUUUGUUGGCUCUUGAAGUGGGUCCUUGCCGAAUGCAGGCUUCUGCCUCAGGCACACUCACCUGCACACAGGACAAUCCUGCACAAGACCUUUGGCUUGGCGGCACCUGAGGCAAUGAGUUGCUCAAGUCCUCAGCAGAUGGGCAGCGAGAUUUCCUUCCUCGCUCCCCUGGCGCAGGCCCCUGUUGGCGACCCGCAGUUGGGGCUGCGCAGCUGGCGGGUGCGUGCCAGGCUUUGUUCUAGACUGAAGCUGGGGCUCUGCUGCACGGCUGCUCUCUAGGGGUGACCAAAUCCCACUGAAGUUUGGGCCGGCAAGAUUUUGCUUCUGCUCCGGCUGUCUGGGAAUAAGAGGAGCCCUCAGCAAACCUGAAAUAAACCCUAAGGUCUGUGGGGCUGCGGCUGGGGUGGGGCAAGGUUUAAAAGGACCAGUGUGGCCUUUGACGGGGGGCUCGUUUCCUCCUGUAGAAAGAACAAAGCUGAGCAAGAUGUUCCAGGGAAGGAUCCAGAGCAGUGUGUGUCACCUCAUGAUGCAGGCAAGGCAAGAUGACUUCAAAAUGGCAAAGAUGCUCUUCCCUUCCCCCUCUGAAUUAAAAGUGUUGUGGAAAUAA